UCCGCGCAGCCAUGGAGGGGGACGGAGCGUACGAGCCGGGCUUCGUGGGGAUCCGGUUCUGCCAGGAAUGGAGGACAAGGAGAACCGGAUCCUGCUCUACGCCGAACUGUGAUUACCAGCAGGAGGCCGACAACAGCUGCAUCUACGUCAACAAGAUCACGCACGAAGUGGACGAGCUGACGCAGAUCAUCGCCGACGUCUCGCAGGACCCGACCCUGCCCCGCACCGAGGAUCACCCCUGCCAGAAGUGUGGUCACAAGGAGGCCGUGUUCUUCCAGUCGCACAGCGCCCGCGCCGAGGACGCGAUGAGGCUUUACUACGUGUGCACGGCCCCGCACUGCGGCCACCGCUGGACAGAGUGACCCCAAAAGUGACCCCAAAAGUGACCCCAGCACCCCAAAAGUGACCCCAAAAGUGACCCCAAAUGUGACCCCAAAAGUGACCCCAGAACCUCAAAAAUGAACCCAAAAAUGGACCCAAAAUGGGACUCUGAAAGUGACUCAAAAGUGACCCCAAAAGUGACCCCAAAAGUGACCCCAGCAGUGACCCCAAAAAUGACCCCAAAUGUGACCCCAAAUGUGACCCCAGGAUCUCAAAAGGGACCCCAAAUGUGACCCCAAAAGUGACCCCAGAACCUCAAAAACGAACCCAAAAAUGGACCCAAAAUGGGACUCUGAAAGUGACUCAAAAGUGACCCCAAAAGUGACCCCAGGAGUGACCCCAGCACCCCAAAAGUGACCCCAGGAGUGACCCCAGCACCCCAAAAGUGACCCCAAAUGUGACCCCAGAAGUGACCCCAGGAGUGACCCUAAAAGUGACCCCUGGACCCCAAAAGUGACCCCAAAAGGGACCCCAAAUGUGACAUUGAAAGUGACCCCAAAAGUGACCCCAAAUGUGACCCCAGAACCUCAAAAAUGACCCCAAAAGUGACCCCAAAUGUGACUCUGAAAGUGACCCCAAAAGUGACCCCAAAUGUGACCCCAGCACCCCAAAAGUGACCCCAAAAGUGACCCCAGGAGUGACCCCAAAAAUGACCCCAGGAGUGACCCCAGCACCCCAAAAAUGACCCCAGGAGUGACCCCAAAUGUGACCCCACAUGUGACCCCAGGACCCCAAAUGUGACCCCAAAAGUGACCCCAGGAGUGACCCCAGAACCUCAAAAAUGACCCCAAAAGUGACCCCAUAUGUGACUCUGAAAGUGACCCCAAAAGUGACCCCAGGAGUGACCCCAGCACUUCACGAGUGACCCCAAAAAUGACCCCAAAUGUGACCCCAGGAUCUCAAAAGGGACCCCAAAUGUGACCCCAAAAGUGACCCCAGAACCUCAAAAAUGACCCCAAAUGUGACCCCGGGAGUGACCCCAGCACCCCAAAAGUGACCCCAAAUGUGACCCCAAAUGUGACCCCAAAUGUGACCCCAGAACCUCAAAAAUGAACCCAAAAAUGGACCCAAAAUGGGACUCUGAAAGUGACUCAAAAGUGACCCCAGGAGUGACCCCAAAAUCUCAAAAGGGACCCCAAAUGUGACCCCAAAUGUUACGCCAAAUGUGACCCCAGGAUCUCAAAAGUGACCCCAAAACCUCAAAAAUGACCCCAAAUGUGACCCCAAAUGUCACUCUGAAAGUGACCCCAAAAGUGACCCCAAAUGGGAUUCCGGAGUGACCCCAGGAGUGACACCAAAUGUGACCCCAGGACCCCACGAGUGACCCCAAAAAUGACCCCAAAUGUGACCCCAGCAGUGACCCCAUGACCUCAAAUGUGACCCCAAAUGUGAUUCCAAAAAUGACCCCAAAAGUGACCCCAAAUGUGACCCCAAAAGUGACCCCAGAACCUCAAAAAUGACCCCAAAUGUGACUCUGAAAGUGACCCCAAAAGUGACCCCAGGAGUGACCCCAGCACUUCACGAGUGACCCCAAAAAUGACCCCAAAUGUGACCCCGGGAUCUCAAAAGUGACCCCAAAAGUGACCCCAAAAGCGACCCCAAAAGCGACCCCAGAACCUCAAAAAUGAACCCAAAUGUGACCCCAAAUGUGACCCCAGGAGUGACCCCAGCACCCCAAAAGUGACCCCAAAAGCGACCCCAAAAGCGACCCCAAAAGUGACCCCAAAAGCGACCCCAAAAGCGACCCCAAAAGUGACCCCAGGAGUGACCCCAGAAUCUCAAAAAUGACCCCAAAAGUGACCCCAGGAGUGACCCCAAAAAUGACCCCAGGAGUGACCCCAGCACCCCAAAAGUGACCCCAAAAAUGCCCCCAAAAGUGACCCCAGAAGGGAUCCCUGAGACCCCAAAAUUCCCAUUUUUCCCCCAAAAUUCCCCCAAUUUUCCCCCCCAAAAUUCCCUUUUUCCCCCAAAAAAUUCACAUUUUCCCCCCAAAAUUUCUGAUUUUCCCCCCAAAAUUCCCAUUUUUCCCCCCAAAUUUCCCAUUUUCCCCAGAAAAUUUCCUGAUUUCCCCCCAAAAAUUUCCCAAUUUUCCCCCAAAUUUCCCCCCAAAAUUCCCAGUUUUCCCCACAAAAUUCCCAAUUUUCUCCCUAAAAUUUCAAUUUUCCCCAAGAAUUCCCCAUUUUCCCCCAAAAUUUCCCCCCCAAAAUUCCCGAUUUUUCCUCCAAAUUUUCCCCCAAAUUUCCCAAUUUUCCCCACAAAAUUCCCAAUUUUCUCCCCAAAAUUUCAAUUUUCCCCAAGAAUUUCCCGUUUUCCCCCAAAAUUUCCCCAAUUUCCCCCAAAAAUUUCCUGAUUUUCCCCCCAAAUAUUCCCAUUUUUCUCCCAAAAAAUUCCCAUUUUUCUCCCAAUAUUCUCAUUUUUCCCCCAAAAUUUCCCAAUUUCCCCCAAAUUUCCCCUUUUUCCCCCCAAAAUUCCCAAUUUUCUCCCCAAAAUUUCAAUUUUCCCCAAGAAUUUCCCAAUUUCCCCCAAAAUUUCCCCAAAUUUCCCCCCAAAAUUCCCAAUUUCCCCCCAAAUAUUCCCAUUUUCCCCCCAAAAUUCCCAUUUUCCCCCCAAAAUUCCCAAUUUCCUGAUUUUCCCCCCAAAAAUUCCCAAUUUCCCCCCAAAUAUUCCCAUUUUCCCCCGAAAAUUCCCAAUUUUUCCCCAAAAUUCCCAAUUUCCUGAUUUUCCCCCCAAAAAUUCCCAAUUUCCCUCCAAAUAUUCCCAUUUUCCCCCCAAAAUUCCCAAUUUUCCCCCAAAAUUCCCAUUUUUCCCCCCCAAAAUUCCCAAUUUCCUGAUUUUCCCCCAAAAAAUUCC